AUGUCAGAAAAACUCACCUUCUCCGCUUCCGCAGCGGCAUCCCUCGAGCCGCAUCUCCCCCCAGGAGAAGCCCAGCCAUCAAAGCAGCCCUUCGUAACGCUCACAUUCGCAACAUCUCUCGAUUCGUCUCUUUCCCUCGCCCCAGGCGUCCGAACACACCUCUCCGGACCGGGUUCCAAGGCCAUGACCCACUACCUCCGGUCCCGACACGCCGCCAUCCUCGUCGGCGUUUCGACCGUCCUCGCCGACAACCCAGGUCUAAACUGCCGCAUUGCAGACUCAACAAGUCAGCCGCGCCCGAUAGUCAUUGACCCGCAUCUACGGUGGAAACCUCGUUCAACCGAUAAAGUAUUUGAUAUUUGCCGCUCUGGCGAUGGCCUCGCACCGUUUAUUGUGACCGGCCUUUCAAAGGACCAUAUACCCAAGGAACAGCAAGAAUUAUUGCAGCAUCAUGGCGGGAAAUACAUUCACAUUCCGUCAACAAAGUCCGACAAUGAUAGAAUGCGCUUUGACUGGGAUAUUGUCUUCCAAGUCCUUCUGGCUGAAGGUUUGACGAGCGUCAUGGUGGAAGGAGGUGGCCAAAUCAUCAACUCAUUACUACACCCUACCUACCACAAACUCAUCGAUUCUGUCAUUGUGACUAUUGCGCCUACCUGGCUCGGAAAAGGGGGCGUGGUCGUCUCCCCAGACAGAGUGUGCGAUGCUCAGGGAACGCCCCAAGCCGCGGCAAGAUUGUCUCAGGUAUCAUGGCACCCCUUUGGAGAAGAUGUAGUUCUGUGUGGGAAAUUACAUUCCCGAUAA